AGUACCAUUGAAGAUUUAAGAGAGAAGCUACGCAGACAGAAGACGUCAGUAGAUUCUGAUACACAAAACAAGGUGUCCAAGAUAGAAGAGGAAAUCUCUCGGGAAUGGCAAGCCAAGUCAGAAAGAAUGUUGUCAGCCGCGGCCGAGAAGUACAACAGACAGCUUGCCGACUUGAAAGAUGAAAAGGAGGAUUUGAUGAAUAAGGUCGAGGAACUGGAGAAAAAGCUGACGACAGUGAGAUCUUCAGGUUCCUCUACAGAACAGCAGGUGGCACAGCUGCAGGACGAGUUGGCCGAGAUGCAGUUGUGGAAAGAAAAGUACGACAAUCUCCGAACUCAGGCUGCUGCCAUGAAAGAAAGAUAUGAAAAGAGAAUUGGAGAGCUAGAAGGGGAGAAGGAUGAAGAGGAAGAAAAGAGAAAUGAACUUUCAGAGAGAGCCAAAGAACAACGCCAGGAGCUGCAGCAGAGAGUACAGCAGCUACAGCAAGAAGUUCAGCAGUUGAAGGUGCAACUGUCAACUUCCAGAGCCAGCGUCAAACAGACGGCUUCUGCUUCUACUUCUGCUGCUCCACCAGCAGGCUCAAGUGCAGAUGUUGCUACUGAGGUGAAAAAAAUCAUGAACUCAGUGUUCCAAACUCUGAGAAGUGAGUUUGACGCAGAUGAAAGCUAUCUUGGUUCUGAAGUUCUGGCAACUAUACUCAAUGUUAUCAAGAUUCAGGCUAAACAUGAAGGCACAUUGGGUGCACCAGUAUCCACUCAUUUAUCAGGAAAUGAUUCUACAACUCAUGAUGAUGUGCCUUCUUUGGAUGAUGACGAUGAUGUCAAAGAUGUUGAUAUUCCCAGGGAGAAUCCAGAGGAAACAUCUAAAAUUGUAGACAGUGUUGCAGGAGAUGACGACGAAGACUUUUUCAGCGAUGAUAGCAAAACUGGUGAAAAAAGUGAAUCCGGAUUAGUAACAGAUAAUACCAGCCAGGUUGCAAACGAGCUGGAAAGCGAUGAUGUUGUCAAAGACGUGGAGCCGAGCCCAGAAACAGCGUUGGGGUCACAACAUGGUUCAGACCCAGUAGAAACAUCCCUGCCUUCAGCUUCUUUUAACGAUUCGUCUGUGAUGACGGAGAAAGUGUUACCUGGCGGAGAAGUGACAGCUGCAGUUCCAGAGAGUUCUGGAAAGAAGGAAAUAACUGAGCAGGCAAAGCAAGAUUUACUUGCAGCAAGUUUAAACGUACCUCCAAAACCAGUUACUGACUCAAGGGAGCCACCGCCGCUAUUUGAUGAUGACGACGAUGAUGACGACAGUUCACUGUUCGGUACUGGCAACACAUUGCCAGGUACACGAGGGUCUGCCUUCAAGCCAGUCAUCGCCGCUGGAGAUGUGAAGUCAGCAGCAGCUACAGCAGCACAACCAGCUUCCAAAGACAAGACGGUUGCAGGGAAAAAGCGGGAACCUGCCAACGAUGAUGACUUGAAGCCCCAGCCGCCGCCGCCUCUUUUUGGUGACGACAGUGACGAUGACGACCUAGACUGGCUUAGCUAG